AUCUUGAUUCUGUCAAAAACGAGUAGAAAAAAAACAUUGUUGAUAAACGUAACAAUUUUUUCGUUUUCAUAAAAUUUGUGAAGUUUCAAGUAUUUACUCGAGCCACUGAAGACCUCCUGAAGACGGAUUACUGUUAACAAAUCUAAAAGUGACAGUUUUUAAAGGAAAUAGGACAUAACUUGCUGUCAUAUCCCACACGACACCAUACCAUUUCUGCCCUUCCGGCCCCUCAUAUUAUAAUAUAAGCUUUCGCGCAAGAAGAAAUCCUAUAGGACCUAUAGCAUAUAAUGCUAUACCGGCGUUGAAGCAUUUCUGUAGCUCGAGGACCCAAAGAUACACCGCCACCGAGUUGGAUUGGAACCUACGAAGAACGGAUUCAAAAGUGUCACCGGUAGAAAGCGGAGCAGUAUACAGCAUGUCCUAUAGGAUAUGUUUUAAGGAGUAUGAACAUAAACCUUCUGCGUAAUCUUGGCGGAGGACUAGCUGAAACUUUUUCUGGUGGAAAUGAGCGCUCUGGUGGGGAGGACAACGAAGGAGGAGGCUUCGACUGAUUGAAGGAUCAUUGUAGACACAGACACAUUUGCGACCGGAAAUAUGACGAUAGGUGAGAUAAUGAGCAGGAGCACAGUCAUGAAAAGAAUCGUUAUCGUCAACGCAGAAUAUGUUCUCGUAUCGCGAAUACAGAACCACAAUCGAAAUGAAUCAUGACCACGAGGUUAAGGAAGGCAUACUGAAGCUCCAUGAAGGCAAGAUCAAAAUCAAGGUAACCACUGGACGAUUUCCCGGACUACAGUGGCGGUUUCCCGGACCAUCAGGCGCAAACCAGAAAUGGAAAAGAGAAAAGUAUCGCCCGCAAGAAAAUGAAUUCAAUGUCGGCAACCGGUCUGAAAAUUAGAUGUACCGCUGUGAGAUGUAAAUAAAAGUGGCGUACUAGUGCAAUUUACAAUUAUAACUAAUUCAGAAGUACAUUUUAAUGGCAAAGUUUCUGAAGGUAUCGAUGAUAUACAAACUUUCAUGGACUUGAAUGAUAUCGAUUAUUCCCGGCUGAGAUUGAAGACCAAAUUAAUUAAAGCCAUUCAACGUAUCCAAACUGAUAUUUCAAAUGGGCCUGCAAUUGAAGAAUACAUUGUAGAGCAACUGGAUGAUUUAGAAAACGAAAAUGAAAGAAGUGGUGACAUCGGAGGAAGAAAUACUGAAGAUGACCAGGACACUGAUGACGAUUGUUCUGGUGCUACUGACGAAAAUCCGUACCAUGGUAUUCGCCUUGAGAAGGUAAUUAACAUCAAUCGCGUCUUAACUCGUACUGAACAGGGGAAGCAAAUAAUGGAAUGUUUGAAGGAAGGCAUCCGACCUAAUGAGAAGCUUAUGAAUCAAAUCAAGCACGUGUUGUGCGAAUAUUUACGCUCAACUUAUGGAAGUCGUCCAUCAGCAUUCCAAAAGAACCUAAUAGCAUUGUCUCUAGUCGAAACUUAUCCGAUUUUGCGUUCAAGUAACAAUGAUGUACCUCAAGCAUUGUGGUUUCAUCAGCAUGCAAGAGGGCUCCAUAGACAUUCUGGAAGACUGCACUAUCAUCUUGAAUACCUUAUUCGCAAAUCAGCAGAUAGAAAGAUUAUCCGUACACCCACCGCAGCUGUUCCAAUAAAAGCCGAUCCGGAUCUAUGUGGAUCGGUGAACAGCGAUGAUCCUGUGGAGGAUAUGGAAGAAUUGAUUGGCGAAAUGAAGUUCAUCUGCCCCACACCAAAAACACAGUCACGCGCGCAGGAGUUGUGGGUAAAGACUUUUAAAGAUCGAGAUCGAGUUCGCCAAGCUGGAGAGUUUAACAAAUAUCUACUCGAGUUUCCGGUAUCCACUUGCUUCGAUGGUCAAUUGCUCAAGCUUGACUUCCAAAAGCUCUACCCCGACCCUCCAGAAUUCUGGGUCAAAUUUGAAAAUUUACAAACCAAGGUGUUGCGGACAUAUCCAUCUAUGCUGAAGCAUGUUCAAAACGACAUUAUUAGAACGCUUGGAAUCAUACGGCUGAAAAAUCCAAGUCGUGGCAUCAAGCGUACCAGACAAGGUAAUGAGUCGCAAGACAACCCGCUCAGUGGAAUCGUCGAAUGGCUCCAGCAUGAUACCUCGUUUCCCAGCAACGAGAGCGAUAAUCCCGUUCUAUAUUUAAAAGGAAACUUUCCAGAGGACAGCUGUGACGGAACCAUAUCAUGGAAAUCAGUCAACAUACCGGUAAAGAGAAAUUUUGCCUACAGUUUUGAGCUGCUAUGCCAGUUUAUCGCCGUUUUGAAGAAAACAGGGAAGCCUACCGACAAACAGUUUUUCGUUUUCAUAAUGGCAAAUUUGUUGGAAAUCAACACAUUAUCGACGACGGGAGAAAAAUUUCUCAGUACCCUGAAUUGAAGAGCAAAUAUUAAUUAAAAUGGAUCAUGAAUUGAAUGUGUAAGGUGAAAUUCGCCUAAA